AUGAGCGAGUCGGGUGUCUGUGGUUUGCGAAACUUAGGCAACACUUGUUAUAUGAACAGUGCUCUACAGUGUCUGUCAAACAUACCAUCGAUGGUCGAGUUUUGUAAAGAUUACAAGAAUUUCAAAAACAAAUUCAAUACAAUAUCGACACGAAAAUCAUUGUUGGAACUGUUCUGCGAUCUAAUUGACGACAUGUGGUCACAACAAACCGAUUGUUUGUCGCCCAACAAGUUUCGAUCAAAAGUUGCCGAAGUUUUACCGUCAUUUGCCGGUUGCGGACAACAAGAUUGUACAGAAUUUUUGAGAUCAUUGUUGAAUACAUUUCACGAUGAAUUGUCGCAAAUGACUGAUGCAGACACUAAUAGUUACAAUAAUUACAAAACAUUUGAUGAAUAUCUUUACAAUAACUUCACAACAAAACAAUUAAUAAUAUUUUCUUGCAGUGAAUGCGGUUACAGAUUAGAUGAAACUUAUUGUCCUCUAGUUGUCCUAAAUUUGCCACAAAUCGAUAAAAAACAAAACUUAUUGCAGAUUGAAGUGUCUAUCGUUGUCAACAACACUGGUAUUGAAAUUUUCAGAUGUGAUACUUAUGUCUUACAAUUUACGACUAAUAAAGUGUUGGUCAGUCAACUCAUCGAAACACUAUCGCAAAGAUAUUCAGAUACGACAUCACUAGUCUUGGAUGACAAACAUCUUAUUUUUACCGUUAUUAUCAAUCAUAUGAUUAGCAAAAUAUAUGAUACGACUGAUAGUAUUAACAUAAAUGAAUUAAAUGGUAAACUUUUUGUCUAUCAAUUUGAUCCAUCAUUUGUCAAUCACUUAUUUGUCGGAUUGAAAACUAAUAAUCGAUUUGGUAUACCAUUGCUGUUAGAUAUUAAUGAUUAUAGUAAUGACAAUAUUAUUGACACAUUUGUCGCACAGUUGGCUAAAUGUCUUGAACCGGACGGCAAGCAAUUGUUGACCAAUAGUUUAAUCACAAAAAGUGAUUUUCAAUGUAUUAAUUUUGAUUCAAACCUAUCAGUUGGCAAUCAGUUAAUAUUUAUUAAACUUAAUGAACACUUAGAGAAAUACUAUACUAUUAAACAAUUUUCUCACGGAUUAGAUGACAAUAAUUUUGAUCGAGUUUUCAAACUCGACGACUGUAUCAAUCAGUAUGUGUCUGUCCAACAUAUGGAUGACCAACAAAAUUGUCCCAAUUGUUGCACUGAUAUGUUUGCUACGGACUGUUUUGGUCAGCAUAACCAUCAAAGUCAACAGGACUCAUACUAUCCGCUAGAAUUGGAUUUUACUAAUCAUAUAAGGGAUGCCAAAGCUAACGGUGCCCAAUAUGUCUAUGAUUUGUUGGCCAUAACUAACUAUACGGGCAGUUACUAUAGUGGACACUAUACGGCUUACGCUAGAAAUCAUAUUAACAGACAGUGGUAUAAAUUCAAUGAUAGUUAUUGUAGAGUUGGUGUCCAAUACAUGUGA